AUGGCACUUGAGGCAAUAGACACGUUCCAGACUGAACUCGAUGUGGCAAUACAAUCCUGCCUCAAUGAACCUAAUCUAACAAUUCAGAAAAUACAACAACAAUUGGGCCCUCUCUUCGCUGAUAAGUCAGACGCAAAGAAAACUCAAUUUGAGAUAGCAAUGGGGAAGCACAUGUUGAGUCUCUUGGAAUAUGAUGGUAAUUCAGAAGAAUAUAUAAUGCAAGCGAGAAAGCGGUUAGAGUUUAUACUGUAUUGCACGGAUGAAGGGUAUUGUGAGGAAGUGCUGCCGCUCGCUGCCUUUGAAGAUCUCGUUGACUGGCAACCCAUAGAAGUUUCCAUGAAAUUAUUUGAAUUUUUUGAGAAACAUAAAAGAAGAUUGUUAAAGGGACUAACACCGAACAAAGGCAAGGGUCUUGUGCUCCUCCGUCUCUUCAAUAACUUGAUUCGCAGAGCACCCAAAUCCAAUUAUAGUCAUUUCAACGGCCGCGUCCUGAUCUACCUUUCCAACGCGUUUCCUCUUUGUGAGCGCUCUGGUGUCAAUCCCCGUGGUGAAUGUAAUUCUGAAAACAUAACUUUCUAUGACGAAACGGACGAUGAUCAAGAUUACAACACCUUCUGGAGUUUACAGAAUCUCUUAAACAAUCCAGUAAAACUCGUCGAAAGCGGAGAAGUUGAUAGAGCGUUAGAGGACAUGAGGGUGGUGGUGAACAAAUUUGAAAGUGCCUGCGGAGAAGAGCAGGUGGUUAAAAGUGAGAGGAUGAGCAUGGAAUUGGAUCGUGAAGAAGAUGCAAUGGACAUUGACACAGACAGGGAGAAAAGAAAACGAGAUAAAGAGGAGGUUGUCGUAGAUAAUGUGCCAGAUAAAAAGCAGAAACUGAGCGAUGACGAUGAGGGAGAAUGUGAAAAAGAAGCGUACAUGCAUAUUCCCAAAUAUUUACCGAGCGUCAAAUUGUUUGAACAUGAGAUGAAAGAUGCAGAAUUUCGAAAAUUUAUUCUAGUACAAUUUCUUAUUAUCUUACAAUACAUCCGUGGCUGUUCAUCCUCAGAACGCAAAUUCCUCGAAGGAGCAAGAGCCCGCAUCCAUCCUCGUAUGGUUCCACUUUCUAUGCCUUCAAUUUCACCCAAACAGGAGGAAAGCAUAGCAGAAUUAUGGACAAGCAUUACAGCCCAACUCGAAAAUAUUCCUCCUCAUGGUAAGGAAUUUACAGAACGCAUCUUACACACGUUAUCUCGAGAAAAAGUAUGGAUCUAUUGGAAAUUUGCACAAUAUUGUCCGGACUUUUCGAAAUCACAACCAAUUCCAGAUUUAUCUAAACAAUUCGCGGAGCGAUCAGCACGGCUUUGUGCACCUUUGGGCGAAUUACCAGAUAUUGACUGGGUUGUUAAGAGGAGAGAGAUGAAGAACGCGCACAAGAUAGUUAAAGUUCCGAGCUUGGAGGAAUGUUACGAGGCUCUAAAGCAUCAUGAGUCAGACCAAGAAUAUAUUGUCAAGCGAUGGCAAACGAUCAGAGCAGCCACAAGAAAUCAUGUUCUACUCAUACACAAAAAAAUCGAGUUUGGAAAACCCGGUGAUAUGGAUAGAUUAAUAGAAGCGGUGAACAAGAAUCCAAAAGGAUCACUGGAAGGGGCUGAUGAAAAUCACACUGCGAGUGAUUCGAUAAUUGUCAAUGAAAUGGGAUCACCUGAGCAUGAACUGGAUGACUAG